GCACAGCACAGCAGCUCCGAACAGAUCGAACAGAAUUAUCUGCUGGCAUUAUACAUAUAGUAUCCCGCAGCGAACUCCUCUAGUUGGGCAAAGAUUUAGUUCGAAACGGAAACAAAGCUCGGCGACGACAAGUGCAAAUAAUUAAAAGCAGUUAACUAAAGUGCACGACUAACAAAACAUGAGCAAAUUACCCAUUAAUAACACUAACCAACCAAAGCAAACUAACGGUAAUGGUAAAGCUAACAAUGUGGAAGAUAAACUGGAUCCCAAGGUCUCGAUCGACAUGGAGGCACCAGAGUUUAAGGAUUUCGCCAAGACAAUGGUUGAUUUUAUUGCCGAAUAUUUGGAGAACAUACGCGAAAGGCGCGUUCUACCAGAAGUUAAGCCCGGCUAUCUAAAGCCCCUCAUUCCGGAUGCUGCGCCCGAGAAACCAGAGAACUGGCAGGAUGUGAUGCAGGAUAUCGAGCGGGUAAUCAUGCCAGGAGUAACCCACUGGCACAGCCCCAAGUUCCAUGCCUACUUCCCCACGGCCAACUCCUAUCCAGCUAUUGUGGCUGAUAUGUUAAGCGGUGCCAUUGCCUGCAUAGGAUUCACGUGGAUCGCCAGUCCCGCCUGCACGGAACUGGAGGUGGUCAUGAUGGACUGGCUAGGCAAGAUGCUGGAUCUGCCCGCUGAGUUCCUGGCCUGCUCGGGCGGAAAGGGAGGCGGCGUCAUCCAGGGAACGGCCAGCGAGUCCACCUUGGUGGGUCUUCUGGGCGCCAAGGCCAAGAAGGUGAAGGAAGUUAAGGAGCAGCAUCCAGAGUGGGAUGAGCACACCAUCAUCGGAAAGCUGGUGGGCUACUGCUCCGAUCAGGCUCACUCCUCCGUGGAACGUGCUGGUCUUUUGGGAGGCGUACGUCUGCGAUUAGUUCCCUCGGAGAAUCACAGGAUGCGUGGUGCUGCCCUGGAAAAGACCAUCGAGGAGGAUCUGGCCAAGGGUUUGAUUCCCUUCUAUGCUGUGGUCACCUUGGGCACCACGAACUCGUGUGCUUUUGAUUACCUGGAUGAGUGUGGACCGGUGGGCAACAAGCAUAAUGUGUGGAUCCAUGUGGAUGCCGCCUAUGCCGGCUCAGCAUUCAUCUGUCCGGAGUACCGCCACCUGAUGAAGGGCAUUGAAACGGCGGAUUCCUUCAACUUUAACCCCCACAAAUGGAUGUUGGUGAACUUUGACUGCUCGGCCAUGUGGCUGAAGGAUCCCAGCUGGGUGGUAAAUGCUUUCAACGUGGAUCCCCUAUACCUGAAGCAUGACAUGCAGGGAUCUGCUCCGGACUAUCGUCACUGGCAGAUUCCUCUGGGACGUCGAUUCCGAGCCCUCAAACUCUGGUUUGUCCUGCGUCUGUAUGGAGUGGAGAAUCUGCGCCACAUCCGCAGGCACUGCAACUUUGCCAAGCAGUUUGGAGAACUCUGCGUUGCGGAUUCAAGGUUCGAACUGGCGGCAGAGGUCAACAUGGGACUGGUGUGCUUCAGACUGAAGGGCAGCAACGAGAGCAACGAAGCUCUGUUGAAGAGGAUCAAUGGUCGUGGUAAUAUCCACAUGGUUCCAUCCAAAAUCAAGGAUGUUUACUUCCUACGGAUGGCCGUGUGCUCUCGCUUUACCAAGUCCGAGGAUAUGGAAUACUCGUGGAAAGAAGUUAGUGCUGCUGCCGAUGAAAUGGAAAAGGAGCAGUAAAUGGAGAUUAUGAAGUUCUGUUCCGGCUUAUUUCGAAUUUAGAAAGCCGCAUUAACUCAUUAAUUGAUUGUUAUUAUAUAUUAUUUAAGAAGUUAUCAACAAAAUCAUGGCUAAGAACGCAGAAGCUCUUUUAGCUUUCAAAAUUUUAUUCAUAGAUGUAUGUUUUAUAUAAAGUAUUCAUUUCAUAUUUUGAGAAAUUUAAAGCCGGAACAGAUCCUAAACUUUGACCAAUCGCGACAUGUUUAGGGAAUUUACAUCGCAAGAAAAGAUGGUAGGCCUGCCUCCAUCGCCACAUUAGUGUUAUAGUGACAUAUUUUAUGUGUAUCGAUGUUGUUGUUGUUAAUGCUUUUAUUGUUAACGUGCUACUCCUAAAUAAAAAAUUUAAUUGCUUAAAUAUAUA